CAAUGUGAUGCGACGGGCUGUGACUGCCUUGCUCUUUAAUAGUUCUCUCGAAACCAUUCUCGUAUAAGUAAUACAACGGCUUUUUGUCUCUCUCCGCACUUGUCUUUGUACCACGAUGAUACGAACUUCUUCCAUUCGUAGCCAAGAUGACCCCUUGUCUCUUGCCAUAAGGCCUCCUCCAGAAGAAUCAGACUCAGAUCGCCAUAUUCGGCUGCAGCACGAAGCCGAAGCGCGUCGAAUCUCAGAACAGAUAGACGAAGAACUCAGGUUUGAGAGGGAAAGGUUGAAAAAGUCCAAAAGUGAUGUCAAGUUACUUCUCCUUGGCCAGGCUGAAUCUGGCAAAUCAACCCUGCAAAAGCAGUUUCAGCUUAUGUAUAGCCCUGCUUCUCUUGAAAGCGAGCGCAUGUCAUGGAGAACCGUCGUAUAUUUCAAUGUCGUGCGAUCUAUUAAAAAGAUCCUUACAACCCUGGAAGCUUGGGACGACAUCGAUGAUGGGAGUGACUCUCAGAGCACUCUCGAGCGUCAGGAACUCGGUGAUUAUCUUCCCACUCGGGCUUCAAGUUCGGCAACACCCAGUAUACACAGUUCACAAAUCGGGGUAGCCCUUUCGCCGCCGUCACCUACGUCACCCACUAGUCCAACAGCGUCUAGUCCCAUUCGGGGAUCGACUGCGAUAUCUGAUCUCCGGCGACGACUUCUACCACUCACAAAUACUGAGCCUCAGCUUGCUGAUGGACUAAGUGGGGGCGUCUCUGUGUCAGGGUCCGGCAAAGGCGAAGUUUACGUUCGAAGCGGAUGGCAGGCGAGGACCAUCCAAAAAGGUCAGAAGCUACUCCGCAGGCAACCAAAGCCCAGUUCACCCGAGGACGAACUGACGAUUGAGCGUCCCGGAACAGCUCUGUCAGUUAUCGAUGCUGACCCUCUUGUGGAUGAUGUCGCAAGAAUGUUGGAACAGUCAAGGGAAGAUAUCAGGACCUUGUGGGAGAACCAGGUUGUCCGUGCCUUGAUGACAAGUCGAAAAUUAAAGCUAGAUGAGUGGUCAGAGUUUUUCUUGAAUGACAUCUCACGUAUCUCGGCACGGAAUUAUGUACCGUCCACUGAUGAUAUUCUCCAUGCACGCAUCCAAACUAUGGGUGUUGCUGAGCACAUUUUUGACGUUGACAUUCAUGGCAAGACUGUGACGUGGCAUCUCUUUGACGUUGGUGGCGCCAGGGGACAGCGUCAUUCGUGGGUGCCGUACUUCGACGACGCAAACGCCAUAAUUUUUGUCAGCCCAAUCAGUGCUUUUGAUCAGUACCUCGAGGAAGAUCCUCGCACCAACCGUAUCGACGACUCGCUUCAACUCUUUACACAGAUCUGCUCCAAUCUGCUCCUCAAGAAGGUCCAUCUAGUCUUAUUCCUGAACAAGACUGAUAUCCUAAAAAAGAAGCUUGAACGAGGGCUAUCUGUCUCAAAAUACAUUCUCUCGUAUGGCGACCGUCCAAACGAGUACGAGUCGGUUGUACAGUACUUCCGUGCCCACUUUCUCCAAGUCCACAGACGGAAUAACGAAAACAGACGUGUGCUGUAUACGCACUUGACCAAUGUUGUUGAUACCAAGGCAACCCAAAGCAUCAUAGGAAACGUACGAGACUCGAUUUUCCGAGGAUACUUGCAAUCUGCUGCGCUCGUCUGAGUUCCUCGAUGUUGUGUUUGAUACCCGGCGCAUAAUGACACUGUCUAACUCUGCCACGAUCUGCUAUGCUUUCUUGUCGAACUGCUUUUCCAUACACGUCCAUAUCCAGAUUGUUUCCGUUGUCCCACGUACAUUAUCCUUACUCUUACUUAUAUUAUUUGUGUUUUAUGUUGCACUUUCAUCUUCCUCAAACCAUUUUGUUGUUUUGUCUGUAACAUCCAAAGUGUAUUCCUGUGGUCUUGUGACGAGUCUGUUAUUAUCGUUAUUACUGCUCGCCGUUACAUCCCAUCAAGUACUGUACAUCGUGAUUAGCUACUUAGAGGUGUGCUGAAAUCAUGAUUCAUGGAUGAUACAUGGGCGCAUAUAUAUAUUAUGGAAACGGUUAAGGUCCAAUAAGGAUCUGCCUGAGGUAUUGACCCGCCUAUGCCUCAUGACG